CAGCCCCGGAGCCCUCCAACCUGCUGCGCCUCCGGCCGUGGCCCGCCAAGUUCCCGCCGCGUCCCAGCCCCGGGCCGGGUGCUGAUGGAACCGCCGAGAUGUUCGCUGUGGCCCGGCUGCUGGAUUUCCAGAAGACCAAGUAUGCCAGGUUUAUGAACCACCGGGUCCCCUCCCACAAGAGGUACCAGCCCACGGAGUACGAGCACGCUGCUAACUGUGCCACCCAUGCUUUCUGGAUCAUUCCCAGCAUCCUUGGUAGCUCCAACCUGUACUUCCUGUCUGACGAUGACUGGGAGACCAUUUCUGCCUGGAUCUAUGGCCUUGGCCUCUGCAGCCUUUUUGUGGUGUCCACCAUUUUCCACACCAUCUCCUGGAAGAAAAGCCACCUCAGGAUGGUGGAACACUGCCUGCACAUGAUUGACCGCAUGGUCAUUUAUUACUUCAUUGCCGCCUCCUACGCGCCCUGGCUGAACCUUCGGGAGCUGGGCCCCUGGGCCUCCCACAUGCGCUGGCUAGUCUGGAUCAUGGCUUCUGUCGGCACAGUCUACGUCUUUUUCUUCCAUGAACGGUACAAACUCCUGGAGCUGCUGUGCUAUGUGGUGAUGGGCUUUUUCCCCGCCCUGGUCAUCCUCUCCAUGCCCAACACUGACGGCAUCUGGGAGCUGAUGACUGGCGGGGUCUUCUACUGCUUGGGAAUGGUGUUCUUCAAAAGUGACGGGAGGAUUCCCUUCGCACAUGCUAUCUGGCACCUCUUUGUGGCAUUUGGUGCUGGUACCCACUACUAUGCCAUCUGGAGGUACCUCUACCUGCCCAGCACCCUGCAGACCAAGGUGUCCAAAUGAGAUGGUCCAGACUCCCCAAGAGUCAUUUGGAGUAGAGCAUCAUGGGAAGUGAUCAGUGAACUAUGACCCAGAACAGGGCACCAAGGCCUGUCCGCCUCUCCCUGAGUGGACUACGUCAUAUGUCUAGGAUCCCUUCCAGUGACAGCCAGACCAUCCAUGGGAUCGCCAGCAAGAAAGAAAGCAUUUAGUCAUUUCCAUGGAGGAUAAGUUAACUCAAUAAUGUGUUCUCUAUUUUAGAAAAGAGUCCUGAUAUAACCAAAACAUAUUAAUACCUUCAAAAAAAAAAAAAAAGGGCAAAAUGGGGAAUGAUGGACCAAGGGGUAUUUUCUAAGGUCCUGAAGGUCUUGCUCUCUGUUGUCAAAGUUCUGGCUUGGGAAUUGUCCUCUGCUAGGGGAAAGUCACCCAGCUCGUAGGUAGCAUAUCCAUGACCAUAGCAGACAUCAACAAUCAACUGCAGCAUGUACACACUGUCAGAAUUCAAAACAGUGCCUCAGAUAGGCAUUACUAAUCUAUUUUGUGCUGAAGAUGGGACCUUUUGGCUUGGUUGGCCUGUUGUGCUCUGAAACAGGGUCAUGGCAGAGCACUUAAAAGACACCAUAGGGCUGUGCAUCAUGGCGCAUGCCUUUAGUCCCAGCACUUGGGAGGCAGAGGUAGGAGGAUCCCCAUGAGUUCAAGGCCAGCCUGGGACUACAGAGUGAGUUUCAGGUCCACCUAGGAUAGAGUUGAGACCCUGCCUCAGAAAAAAAAAAAGAAGUCACCAUGGAGAGAGACAUGCUUAUCUCCAGAGACUAAUGCCUUCUGCCCCCUUCUCUUUUCCCCGCUUUGGGGGAACACUUAGAAUGGCCAGGUUGGAGCCAGGGGGACUGAGGCAGGCACCCCAACCACCCACUGGCCCUCUUCUGUGUAGCUGGUUCUCAGGAUGACAGGAACGGACAGUGAGGAGGAAGAUAUUGCUGUUUAGCCUUUUCUUCUCAUCUGAAAAGUCCAGAGAAGUGAUGAGACUGUUCAUCAGAGGGCUCCCGCGGGCUCGCUCCCUAUUCAGGGCUCAGGAUGACAGCAUUCAGAUGUUCUCUUGGUGCACACGGCUGCUCCCAGAGGCCCUCUGGUGGGCCCGGGGGCACAGUCUCUGCCUCAUCAGAUCACGCAACAUGUCUGUGUCCCUUAUUUUCUUAAAUGUCUCAUCGUUUAACAUCGUGGCUGCCUGCAUUCACCCACUUCAGGGCUGGGCCAGUCUCUUCCUAUGUUGUCUCUUGGGCGUUUGCUGAGGACGGAGCAGCAAGCCUGGCUGAAUUGACAUCUCAGAAUCUCUGGAUACAGUCAGUCCUAAAUCCCAACCAAGGUCCUUAUUCUACAACUCCCAGCCACACAGGUGGGCAAGGGUGGACCAAGACAGGGUGCCUUAUACUUUGUUCUAGCACAUUCCAGGGUAUUCCAGGGCUCUGGCACCUGGAGCCCCAAAUGUCCAAGCCAGUAUUAAAUCAUAUCUCAACACAUUCCUCAGAAGAUGGCUUCAGAGCUCAGGAGUUUGGGACUGUUUUUUGUCUACCUGCCUAGUGUGCGUGAAUAUGUGGGUGUGAGCAUGAGCUUGUGCACGUGUGUGUGUGUGUGUGUGUGUGUGUGUGUGUGUGCAUGCAGAUAAGACCUUUAGAAACUGUCUUGGGUGCCGCGUCCCAUGGACCUUACCUGGUAUUUUCUCCAGCUGGGGUCAGAGCUAUGUUUCAGAGGAGUGUGUCUGGGGAGAGCUGCCUUCCAAACUGGGGCUUGGACACUAGGACUAGGCCUCCUGCUAGACCCGAUGCUGGAGAAGCGGGGGCACUGGGGGUUCUGGAGUUCUGUUUUUACCAACUCUCCACUGUGGCACUAAGCCAGGCCAAGAAAAUCUCCUGACCCCAGGAGGUUGAAAGGACCAGGCCAGUUCUGGAGAAACGUGCUGGGUACCUGGAACCAGUGACUUGGGACUUCCUGGUGGCCACAUGGGGCUUGCUGUACUCCCAAGUCGAAUGUCUCCAUGUCCUUGUCGCCCUCACUGGGUACCUGAAGUGACUUUCCGCCAGACAGCCACCCGGUAUGCCGUCCCUCUCCUGGGGACAUUGUUCACUUCUUCAGCCAGCCAACUCCUACUCACCCUUCAAAGCCCGGGUCAACCCUGAAGGGCUCCAGGGCUUCGUCUGACUGAGGCGCCUCCCUGUUGCCAUCACUCUGCUCAACCUGUGGCCAGCUCAGAGUUCCAUCUGCCACCCAGGCGACUUCCGCCUGCUCCUGGAGGGUGAGACUGUGUCUGGAGAGACCUGGGAUCAGAUAUGGCAUUCUUCAAUGGUGAUAGCUCAGAUCUGUCCCUGCCUUCUGCAAGCCUCAGCGUCCCUGACUGUAAAGUAGUUCACCAGGGCCUGGUUCUAGGUUGAGGCACAAGUGACGGAGAAAAGGGCUCAUUAAAAAAAAUUUUUUUUUUGAGGCAACCCCCACA